AGCCGGCCCAAAUAAGUCCUGCCUUUUUCCUCAAGACAACACAACACUGAAAAACAGUGUCUUUCUACUUUUUCCCUCAUUGCUCAAACUCGACAAUUGAGAUCUCACUGCAAUUGCUUCUUCUACUAGAAAAGGUCACUAAUCUUCCAUCAUGAAGCUCGAUACCACUGGUCUUGAAUCGUUUCCCUCACUGCUUGCACCUCAAAGCGACGUCGUUGGAGAACUUUCCGCCGCUCCGUCCUUCGACCUUCCGAAUUCCAAUGAUUUCGAUGGGUUCUUGAAAGAGGCUAUUCAGAUGGUGAAGCCCGCGAAGGGUACAACGACUCUUGCUUUUAUCUUUAAGGAGGGCGUCAUGGUAGCAGCUGAUUCUCGAGCUAGCAUGGGAGGAUAUAUAUCAUCGCAGUCUGUGAAGAAGAUUAUUGAAAUCAAUCCGUACAUGCUUGGGACUAUGGCUGGAGGUGCUGCUGAUUGUCAAUUUUGGCACAGGAAUCUCGGUAUCAAGUGUCGUUUGCAUGAGUUGGCGAAUAAAAGAAGAAUUUCAGUAACAGGAGCUUCCAAGCUACUUGCCAAUAUUUUAUACUCUUAUCGUGGAAUGGGGUUAUCGGUUGGUACCAUGAUUGCUGGAUGGGAUGAGACGGGACCUGGUCUAUAUUAUGUUGAUAGUGAAGGAGGAAGACUUAAAGGCACUAGAUUCUCUGUUGGAUCUGGUUCGCCAUAUGCUUAUGGUGUAUUGGACAGCGGGUACCGAUAUGACUUGUCAAUUGAGGAGGCAGCUGAACUUGCUCGACGAGCAAUUUAUCACGCAACAUUUCGUGAUGGGGCCAGCGGUGGAGUUGCUAGCGUAUACUAUGUGGGACCAAAUGGAUGGAAGAAAUUGUCUGGUGAUGAUGUUGGUGAACUGCAUUACCAUUACUACCCAGUUACCCCAAGCACAGUUGAACAAGAAAUGGUGGAAGCAACUGGAGCAUGAUGAAGUAACUCGUGGAUACCUUCUUAAACUUUCUUUGCUUGCCAAGCUUAUUUUUAAUCCAUUGCAUGAAACUGAUUACUCAAUUUGACAUUAGUUGAUAUAUGUAAGUGCUGUACUAUCAUGAUGUGGUUCAAAAUGAAGUGAAUAUUUACAAUUGAAAAU